AUGGACCCAUUUACGUUUGUCAGAUGGCUAGGGGUUUGUGUGGAACCCUCCUUAGAGGAAGCACAGCCCGCGUGGUGGCUGGAGCUUCAGCGGGCUGAAUUUUUGCAGAGGGAAGAAGAGAAAUCUGGUGAUGUGUGCCAAAGAAACACACUGCCUUCUGUUCCCCAAGCCAGCCUGGCGCCGGAACUCCGUAGGCGGAAGGUACAUUUUGCGGCUGAGCAGACUGCUGGUGCCGAUCUCUGCGUCUAUGAAAACGACUCAGAGUUCGUCGUAUCUUUCGCGCACCCAAAUAUGCAUGGCGCUGGAGAGACAGGUCUCCCUCCUUGGGAUGCUAGGGACCUGGAUGACACUGAGUACAUACGGCAGAUGCUUCUCCCGCCAACAGAAACGCCGCCUCCGUCCCUCGCUGGUAGCUCCUCUGCCAGCAGUCUCAUGGAACUCAAAUGCGGCAGCCUUCCAUCAGAUGAGGAGAACGUUUUCCAUGAACACUGUGACACUUCCGCGGAAGGCCGAAUUUGA